UAGUGGCUGAUAAAGUCAUUAUCUUUAGUGUCGGAUAUUACGUUGAAACUUGAUGAUAAAAUCUUGGAUUAAGAGAGAUAUGAAUAUGCACGACAGGAUGCUUGCAUCAAUGUAACUGCUCAACCCGCAAACUGAUUCUUAAUAUUUUCGGAAUGAGUUUCUAACUGAUACAUUAAGAAUACUUACCUGUAAAUUGAAAUAAAAACCUUGAAUACGAAUAGAGAAAUACCAUUGUAUAAAAGACAUUCUAGGUAAAGUAAGCGAAUUAAUGAUAGGUUUUCAAGCAUUUUAAAACGCAAUAAAUUGUACAUUUGCAAUUCAUUGUAGAAAGUGUGACAGAUGUGUGAGUGAUAAUUAGGUAUCAGUAUAUGCAAGUGUGAAUGAUCACACACUUAUGAGGAAGUGUGACUUAAGUCAGUUACGGUAAGGAAUAAGUGAAUAAGUGUGAGUUAUCUUACACACACAUACAUGAGGAAGUGUGACAUAUGAAAGUAACGUCCAGGAAUCGGUUCUUAAGUGAGAGUUAUCACACACACAUAUGAGGAAGUGUGACAUAUAAGGGUUACGACUAGAAAUAAGUUAAAAAGUGUAAGUUUUCACACACGCAUAUAUAUGAGGAAGUGUGAUAUGUGCGGAAAUUAGGUGUGAUUUAUACACACACAUACGAGGAAGUGUGAUAUAUGUAAGUUACGACUAGAAUUCAGUACACAUUAGUGUGAGUAAUCACACGCACACAGAUACAUGAAGAAAUGUGACAUAUAAGAGUUACGACUAGAAAUAAGUAAAUAAUUGUGAGUAAUCAAACAAACACAUAAAUGAGAAAGUGUGACAUAUGUGAGUUACGACUAGGACUAAGUACAUUAGUGUGAGUGAGCACACUCGGUGUUUAAGGCGUUGGUGUGACAUGUAAGUUCCGGUUCCUGGCGGCCUGGGCCAACUGAUGGGUGUCCAACACCACAGGUCAAAGGUCAUUCUAUUCCGGAACAUGGAAAGUGGGCCCCGGACGAAGAAUAGCGCAGUUUGUCGCAGUCCAAACCUCGGAUCCCGAUCACCGUCCCCCGGGCGCUCAGGCGGCCGCAGGUUUUUUGGCAGCUCCGAGAAAAGUAAACUACAACGGAACCGGUUUGGUGAUUCAGAAUACACUCCACGAACACCUGAUUGUUUCGACAGAGGCAGCCGAAAUUCAGAGACGCUUAGUAUUGUUGGCCAUAAGCACAAUGGCGGAUUAUCUCCUGACGGAUAUACUGAUAAUGUGCUUGGAUAUGGUGGUGACAGAGAAACUACGGGCGUAGAUAACGCCGGCGGAAACAUGGCGCUCAGUGCCGUCAUGAUGAGCGGCGGUGGAGGGGGCAACAACGGCGGGGGCGGGAUGAAGCAGUGUAACAGCCACUACUCCGUCUCUGACCUCCAACAUGGGGAUGGCACCAUAUGGACCCUGAGUAAUACAAGUGAGAUAGACCUUUCAAGGUCAUGGCCGGGUUCCCAGACCCCUAACAAAUGCAACUGUGAUAAAAUUAGAUCAAAAGAAACUGUGAUAAUUAACGUUGGGGGUCAAGUGUUUGAGACUUUUAGAUCUACCCUAAAAAGAUUGAGAUCGUGCAAACUCGCGAGUGAACAGGAAAUGAUGAGACAUUACCGUCAGGAAAAAGGGGACUUCUUUUUUGACCGAGAUCCCUACGCGUUUAACAUCAUAAUUAACUACUUGCGGUACGGCAAUCUUCACCUGCCCACGAACCUGUGUGGCCCGACCCUGAUGCGGGAGUUCGAGUACUGGGGGAUCGACGAGGGGGACAUUGAAAGGUGCUGUUUCCAGCCGUACAAUACGUGGAAGACGCAAACCAAAUCCCUUGAGAAGCUCGAAUACGACCGGAAGCAAUCCACCACACAGACGGACCUCGCACAGGACCGGCACAGCAAGAGCUGCUGGCGCCGCAUCCGCGCUGUAAUAUGGCCGUUUCUUCAGGAUCCCGGCUCGUCCAGGGCCGCAAAGAUAUACGCCUGGGUGUCGAUAAUCUUCGUCUGUAUGUCAAUCUUCUCGUUCUGCGCGGAGACACACCCCUAUUUCCAACUUCCGCCCUCAGAGGUACACAGUCUGCGCUCACUCUACAAACUAUUCACCCUGGAGCACAGCAAGGUGUUUCAUGAGAUCAGCAAGUCAGAUGUGACGUCACUUCCGGAUUCAAAUAACACAAACAGUACCGGGGUAAAUAAUAUUUUCAGCGAUACGGAAACGGAAACGGAUGAGACGACGAUUCAACAUCCGGCUUUGUUAAUAAUGGACCUGAUGUGCGUUCUUUUCUUUACGAUAGAAUUCUUGACAAGAUUAGUAUUCUGUCCAAAGAAGAGACGAUUUUGCAGCUCCCUGCAAAAUAUUAUCGACUUCAUCGCAAUAGUUCCGGAUUACGUCGAGUUCAUACUGCUGUGCUUCAGCCCACAGGUUAGAGCCGGCGGGCUCGGAUUUGUCGACUUUAUUUUCAUACUGCGCAUGCUCAGACUGUGUCGUAUCUUCCGGUUAAUCCGUCACGUGCCCGGAUUGUGGAUUUUACUGUACACAUUGAAAGCCAGUUUUAACGAACUUUUGCUCAUGUUUGUGUUUUUGCUGAUAGGGAUGGUAAUGUUCGCAUCCUUGCUGCAUUUUACGGAGGGUGGAGAACAGUUCAGUAACAUUCCUGUCGGCUUCUGGUGGGCGGUCGUCACCAUGACGACCGUCGGAUACGGGGACAUGGUUCCGGUGACCGGGUUUGGUUACGUCAUAGGCUCAAUUUGCGCAAUAUCCGGCCUGCUCAUGAUAGCUUUCACGGUACCUAUUAUUGUGAGUAACUUUGUCUUGUAUUACACUCACGUGCAAUACGGGCUAUCGGACAAAGAUGAUGUCGCAGGUCGUAUUUGUGACGUCAGUGAUGAAGUUGAAACGUGUUCAUUCCAUACCUCAUGCACGGAAACGAGCGAGGAUCUGAGGAAAAAGCAAGAAGCGCAACUGGAAAAGACAGUUAGUAAUAGCAAACUCGUCGAAGGAUUCGAUUCGAGCGGUGAUAGGAAGCCGGUACCUCUUACAAGUUCUGUGCCGGUUUUAAAAAAUGUGGAAACUAAUGAAAAAACAGAAGACAUUCCUAUGUUUUCCACAGAAAUUAAUGGAAAUACAAACAAACUCUAACCGCUGUUUGAAUGUUACAAUGGGUCGAGUGUUCAUAAAUUUGUUAAAGUUAACAACGUUGUUAACGUCGCGUUGUUAACUUUCAAAUCUUUACUGCUCAGGAAUUUUAAUGUUUACUUGUGGUUUGGUGUAUUUCUAACAAAAAAUGAGACAAAUGUUUCAGCUGUACUUGUUUAUAUUUUAAUAUAUGAGCAUAGGGUCAAAUAUUUCACGUUAACAAGUCAACAAUAUUAACAAAGUUCUGAACAAUCGGCACAUUGUAUUAAAUUAAAUAGUUGAUUCAAAUCGUCUCAGAAGCGUUGUUAAAAACAUUCGAAAUAUAUGUUAAACUGGACCUAUUUUGUAUCAGGCAACAUGGUCGAAUUGCGGCCAUUUUAAAAAAAAAAAGAUGGCCGCCAAAUUUCAUAUUGCCUCUGCGUCACCAUUUGAUCUACAAGUUUGUAUGCGUAAUACUGUUUUAAAUAAUGUUUACGUAUAUCCGCAGUAUUAUAUGGUUUGAAAAUUAUACAGUCGAACCCCGUUAGCUCGAACUCCCAGGGACCGGCGAAAAUAACCCGAGCCUCUGAAAAUUAGAGCCAAUCGCGAAUGCUUAUCUUCAGUAUAAAGAAAUCAGCCCUUUACAUCCAGUUCGAUCCUACCAGAAAUUCGACCCAAACGAGUUCGAGCCAACGGGCUUCGACUGUUCCUGGGACGAUUUGACUGGGCUGUGAUUGUUGUUUUACUUUUUACACCCACAGAUGUGUACUAAUAUGGUGAUUAAUCUGUGUAACUAUGUUUUAAAAUUCAUAUUAGUUUUAUAAUAUGGUUUUAUCUUUACUACAAUGUAUAUUACAAGUGCACUUUUAAUGUCAUUCACGAACUGAUAGGUAGUAGAGACACGUCACUGUCAGUCUUACGCACCAGUCAAUUGUAACCACGCCCGCCACCCACCCCACCCCAAGGGGCGGGGGUAUAACGGGGAUAGCCGGGGAAGUGGACCGUGUUUUUACCUUCCAGGUGGCCCCGCAGUGCCGGGUGAAUGCGGUGAUAAUGUCUUCGCGCCAAAAAUAGCGGGGAAUGGGUCUUCCCUAAGGUCCCUGGGGUGCGGGGGGGGGGUAUUUGGCGGGGAUUUUACCAGCAGUUCGUCCCCGCAGGAUAGUGAUUUUACCCGAGCUUGGCUGGAACAAAAGUGAAAGUCUCCGCUACUCCCCGGACCUUGGGGGCCGUGGUUACAAUUGACUGGUACAUUACAAUGACAUGUUUUAUAUUGUUUAAAUGUUUGCUCAAUACUAUUAUAGAUUCUUGUGUGAUCUAUAAAACGUUUUUUAAUAUUGACUUUAUGCAGCAAGCGUGCCUUUAUUUUAAGACUAGUUUUAGACCACAUUCACGAUAUUAGAAAAAUAACACAAUAACGUCAAGCGUCAACGUCAUUUGAACGUUUGACCAUUGCCUAAAUCCGGACACUAUUUCACUUUCAAAAUGCGAAACAUGAACUGAGCAAUUAACGUUUAAGUUCUUUAAAUAUGUGUAGAGUUUAAAGUAAAAAAGAAGCGUUGAGGUCAAGCUUAUAAUUUACGUUAUUUUUCCACGUGAUGUUUGACCAUUUUUCUACCCUCACUAAACCGGAUCUCCACAAAACCGGAAUCCUCGGGAUACCGGACUUUUUUCAGAGUCCCGUUUUUCCCCUUCUAUUUUCAAUGUAAAAAAAAUCCCUACAAAACCGGAACCCCGGAUACCGGACAAAAAAAUCGAGAAAAUUUGUGAGUUGUCAACGUAAUUUUACCUCACAAAACCGGACGUUUAUUUGUUCGAACAUGUCAAAAUAAUUUUGUGUAUUAGGAAUUCGCGAAUCGCGUGUCACUUUGUUUUGACACCCGGUGAGUCAUUAAAUAUUACACCUGUGUUGUUGUGUUAACUCGAUAAUGAUGAUUGCGUUGUGGAUUAACAGUCGCGCGAUAAUCAAACGAUAAUCAAACUUGUGAAAAGAAAAUUGAUUGAAACAUUAAUUUGUUUGUUGCAGAAAAUAAAGAACUAGAAACGGAUAUUUAGUGAUCAUUUUGGAGGGUUGUUUUAUCUAAGAGUUUUCUAUGAUUAAAUCAAAUUAGAGCGGUGCCUUUAAUAAAUCACAAACAUACUAAACAAACCUUAAAAUACGCGAGUUGUUUUAUUUCAAGACUUGGAAAAAAGAUGAUUGUAAAAACGCAGAAAAGUUUAAUUUUGCUUAUCAUUUUUGCAAGUGCUUUAAUCAUGUCUCAACCUCCAUUUAAACGUCGGGGAAUUGAACUGUCCCUAGCGGACGAAAUACUUUAAAGGUUAACUCAGUUAAUAUUUUGAGUAAACUUACCCCGUACAACAAAUCCCCACUAAACCGGAAUCCUCACUAAACCGGAAAUUUUGCCCAGUCCGGACCUUGUCCGGUUUAUUGAGUUUCCACUGUAAUUUGAUAAAACAAUUUUAAUAUUCUGAUUUUGAUUGAUAAACAAUAAUAAAAUAUAUUUUGUUUGAAAGAAAAGCUCACUUUAAAAUGUAUUGCGUAAUUACUUGUUUCAUUGGUAUCCGAAUGUAUACGCACUGUCCGGAAUUAGACAUUGCCAAUCCAGUAGAACGUUCGCCGAUUCAUGAUAAUUAUAACAUUGUUUUAUAUGGAUCCUUAAACCAAACAAACAUGAGUCUUUUCAGUAUUCAGUACAUGAAAGAUUAUUUUGCAUGCAUAUUGCAUGUUUUAACUUUGUGUGAGAAAAUAUGAAAUAUUACACGAUAUAUCAUGAUAUUAAAUUAUGGAAGUACCGUGAAUAUUUGGGCAUAUUUUAAUGCCUUAACGUUUAAAGGCGUACACUAGAUGUUGGUGGAAAAUUGUUGUUUUUAAAUUUUAGUGCAUUAUUAUGUUCACUUCAUUUGAAUUGAAUGAUCAAAACAAAAUAAGCAUAUAAUUUGUGAACAGUUUAAAAAAAAUAGACUUUAUAACAAGAACUUAAUUGCUACGUGGCUACACAUUCCAUAGUUAAAAAGCGCCAACAUAUCGCUAUUAUUUUUUUAUCUGUACAGAAAUCAUAUUCUUUUUUAUUAUAACAGUAAAAUGGGUUCAACAUAAUAAUGCAUUUAUAAAUAUUUACAUCAACCUAUAGUGUGCCCUUUUAACAUAUACAAUGUAUAUAUAUAUUAUCAUUACACUUUUAAUUGUUAUUUUUAUAAUAGUUUCGGUUAUUCCUACAUUAUUGUUUACCACUUGUAAAUAAACGUUAUGCAACAGC